GAUAAUAAUAAAUUUUUUCAAUUCUACAAAUUUUCUUCUGUUGAACAACACAGCAAGAAUUUUAAAUUUUCAAAAUGAAUUUCAUAAAGAAUAAAGACGUUAAACGUGCAUCAUAUUAUGUUUGGUUUUUGGGAGCAAAAGAAUCAAAAGGUUUACGUGGUGAUGAAUAUGUACAACCGGUGUUAAAUUAUCUGAUUGAUAAUGAAUGUGAUUUAGAACCAUCAAAAGUAACCUUACAGGUUUCAUCAAAAGGAUUAAAAAUCAUACAAAUAUUAACAAUACCAAGAAAAUCGGGUAAAUUAAAUCCCGAUCAACAAUUACAAUUGUUUGUUGCAACAACCGGUAAAUCGGAUACAACGAUACCAUCAUCGGUGAUGAAAAGUGAACAAGUAAAACAUCAUAUACCACAUGAUUCAAUAUCAUGGGUUUAUCAAGAGGAUGAUGUUAUUUGUGCCAUAUUAUUAUUAUAUAAUCCAAUUACACGUUGUCCUGUUCAUAUACAUGGCUAUCGUUGUGAUUCCAUUCAAACAGCCAAUAAUCUACGUCAACAAUUACAAACAUUAAUUGAUCGACCGGAAAAUCAGAAAAAAUUCCGUGAAAUUGAAAUGCGUUUAGCGGCAAAAGGAUUAUUAAUACCACCAAUGCAACCACAGCCAUGUGGCCCUUUACAACUUGCACCAUUACCAUUACCACCAUCUAAUUGUCAUCAUCCUAGCUCAUUGUUUGAUGAUUGUUCCGAUUCUCGUGGAUCAAUACCAUUCGAUCAUCAUCAUCAUGAUCCAUUAUUAAAACGAUCAUUUCGAAAUAAUUCACCUUCGGCAAGUAAAACAUUGAAUUCGGAUGGCCGUUCGACUCGUACGGAUGGUUCAGAUGAAAUCAAUUCAGAAGAAUCAAAUUCUUCGGAUCUAGGUUACGCUAUAAAUCGUUCAUCAUCGAAUAGAAAUAAUAAUUGUCAAUAUAGAAGUGAUUCUAAAUCAUCCAGUCAUCAUCAAUUAUUUAAUAAAUCAUCAGCAAAAAACAAAUCGGCAAAAAUUAGCCCUAAAAUCAUACCAGAUGAUGGUGACCAAUCAAAUCUAUUUGAUUCAUUAGCGGCUGAACUUCGAGCUAAAUUGGGUAAUCCAAAAGUGGGUCCAUUAUUAUUGCCACCACGUGAUUAUGAGAGCCAAAAUUCUGAAAGUAAUUUAAAAGCAAUGGAUAAAAAACGAAAUCAACAUGAUAAACAUUCGAAUCAUCCAUUAUCAAGAUCCGAAUCAUCGGGAAAAUCAAAUUCAAGUGGUCUUGGAUCAGAUGAAGCAUUAUGUAAUGAUCAACAAACAACAAGACCACGAUCAUAUUAUUUUGAUUCAUGUUCAAUCGCUAACGAAUCUCCUCGUUCAUCAAAUCAUCAUCGAUCAUCAUAUUUAGAACAUCGAUAUAAUCGUGAAACAUCGGCCGAUGAUGAUUUAGUCAGUCAUCAUAGUGAUAGUUCAUCAUCAUCAUCAAAUGAUGAUGUAAAUGUUGGUGGUGGUGUCAAUCAUCGUGGCCGAUUAAAUAAUAAUGGAUCAAUUGUUGAUUGUUUAGAGGUUGAUGUGGAAGAUUUCGAAGAGGAUGUUAUUUUUUCCACAACAAUUCCAUCUAUACAAAAAGAAUCAAAACAAUCAUCUAGAUCUCGUUCAAAAUCAACAUACAAUUUGAUGCCAACACAACAACAACAACAACUUUCAUCACCGACAUCAUUUAAUGAUAAUGAUUUUGAUGACAUAAGAACACGGCAACGAUUACCAAGUCAACACGUGCAACAUCAAUUUCAUAAACAAAAACAUUUAAUUCAUCCAUCAUCAUCACCAUUGACGAGGACAAAAGAACACAACAACAACAACGAUGAACAAACGGCGGCAAAUAAUCUUCAUCAUUUUGGUCGUGGUCGUGACGAUCAUCAACAUCAUUAUCAACAACAACAACAACAUGCUACUUCGGAAAUAUUGAAUCCCGAUUUUUCGUCCGCUCCAUAUAAUCAUCAUAACAGCAGCAGCAAUGGUGGCAACAUUAAUAGAAAAAAAUUUUAUUCUAAUCCAAAUCUUGAACCAAUAUCGAGUUCAACAAUGGCCAUACAACAACAACAACAAAAACGGUCAACAACAAAAGAGGUCAACAAUAAUAAAAUUAUGCGACAACAAAUAAUUAAUAAUGAAGUCGACAAAUCUUUGAACACGACAACAACAUCGGGUUUAAUUUCAUCAACAUCAUCAUCGUCGGGUGUAAUCGGUAGACGUGAACAACGAUUUAAUAAUCCUUAUCAUCAUCGUAAUGAAGAAAAUAAUCAUCAUUCUCGAUUAGCUAACGUAAAAUCGAGACAACCGACACAAAAAUUUUAUUUUGCCGAUGCAGAAUUUUCUUCAAAUUUUAGAGAAGUACAACAUGAGAAUAAUCAUCGUCCAUCAUCAUCAUAUAAUCGUGGACGAUCAAUGGGCCGGUUAGAUCAACUAUUGGCUGUCAAUUCAAAUGAAAAUGAUCGUCAAAAUUAUCAUCAUCAAUCGGAUAAUUAUGGACCGAUGUCAUUAAAUUUUCAAUCAUUCGAUAAUAAUCAUGCAACUAUUGUUGCCGAUAUGAAUGAUCGUUCAAUUUCACCACCAUAUUAUGUGUUACAGCAUCAACAGCCACCAUUAUUACCACCACCACCACCACCAUCAUCAAAUAUAAAAAAAGAUUUAAUUAGUAAAAGAUAUGAAAAAUCAUCCAAAGAAAUUGUUAAUGAAAAUAAACGUAAACAAAAUCAUAAUCAACAACAAUUUAAAGAUCAUCAAAGACGAAUGAUGUUUGAACAACCAUUUUCACGUUAUUCAUAUAUCGAUAUGAAUGAUGAUCGUAUUGAACAUGAAAGAUUUUCAGCAAUGAUGAUAAUGAAUAAUCGUAAUAAAAGAUAAUCAUUGAUGUUCUUCUUUGUAGCUAUUUUUUA